AUGGCAUUUGAGGUGUCGUAUAGCCUCGAGAAUGAGCAGCAAUUCUGGGAUGGUGAGAGAGCGCCUGCAAAUACCCCCACCAGUGCAAGGCCACAAGGGCUAAUCCGCGACACAGAGCUAGACGACAUCGUAUCGACGCGCUGCCAGGAACACGAGAUCAUCGACAACUCUCUGCGCUCUUUCCUGAACGUUACCACCAACUACAAGUGUAUGCGACCCUUGGAGACCGACUAUAGCAUUGCGAAAUGCAUCUUCCGUUUGCUGGAAGGUGAUCUCUAUGUCGCCAACACGGACUAUGAAGAAGACAACCCCACACUUCACAUCGUAGCAGCUUUUUUGCUGUACGAUGGCCGCCAUCACAAAGACGAUGCCAUCUUCGAGAUGAUGCAUGCCGAAUCCACCUUUCCCAGACUCGUCGAACUGGUCCAGAUGGACGCCGUGCAAGAGGAUACUAGCCUGCAUCAGUUGCUGCUGGAGCUUCUGUACGAGUCCUCGCGCGGUCAACGUUUGACCUGGGAUGAUUUCAGUACGUGGAGGGAACUGCAGCCAGUGCGGUCCCCAUGA